AUGCGUGCGAGCGAUGAGGUUAAGCCUUUAUCUGGUCAAGCGCAUGAUCCAUUUGGUGGAUGGGCUGCAACGCUGGUUGAUACACUAGGUGCAUCCUCUCUGCAAUCUUUGUUGAUAGCGAUGAGUUACACGCUAACGCCAGCCCAAAUACAACUAGAUACGCUAUGGAUGAUGGGCUUGCAUGAUGAAUUCAAAGAAGCGGUUCUUGCUAUCGCCGAACUCAACUUUACUACAUGCACAUUAGACGAGGUCAAUGUAUUUGAAACUACCAUUCGAUAUCUGGGGGGACUCCUAGGCGCCUACGAUAUUAGCAAAGGACAGUAUCCCGUCCUAUUACAAAAAGCAAUCGAGGUCGGCCAAAUGUUGUAUGCCGCAUUCGACACUCCCAAUCGAAUGCCUGUCACGCGGUGGAAAUUUCAUGACGCAGUGAAUAAUCUUCCCCAGGAGGCUGGAGAAAAUGUGCUUGUGGCGGAGAUUGGGUCGCUCACACUAGAGUUUACCAGGCUCAGCCAGAUAACAAAGGAUCCUCGUUGGUUUGAUGCUGUUCAGCGCAUUAUGAAUAUAUUCGAUGAUCAACAGGAGAUGACAAAAGUUCCAGGUCUCUGGCCUGUUGUGGUCAGUGCAAAGACUAAGAACUUCCAUGAAUUUUCUGGUUUCACUAUUGGAGGAAUGGCAGAUUCCCUCUACGAAUAUCUACCAAAGCAACAUCUUCUUCUCAGUGGAGGCUCGCAGCAAUAUCGGAAAUCAUAUUCGGGUGCUAUUGCAGCCAUGAAGUCUCACAUAUUCUUCCGUCCCAUGACAGAAGACGGAAGACAUGUACUGUUUCCCGGUGAUGUUUCAUGGAACGGCAAUGAGCCAACAAUUGAAGCAAAGGCCCAGCACCUGAGCUGCUUCGCUGGUGGAAUGGUUGCUCUUGGAGCACAAGCGUUUGGACGCCCCGAGGAACUGACAGUGGCACGCAGGCUGGUGGACGGCUGCAUAUGGGGAUAUGAAAGUGGAGUUUCGGGUAUUAUGCCUGAAAUAAUCCGUCCGGUUGCCUGUGAAGACCAGAAUAGUUGUCCUUGGGACGAAGACAAAUGGCAUCGUGGAGUUGAAGAGCAAUAUCCAGAAGAAUCUGCGGAAACCACUAUUAAAGCUCGACAUUUACCACCAGGCGUAUCAAAGAUCGACGACGGUAGAUAUAUUUUACGAAUCACAGGCGACCCGGUACUCCAAGAAAAGGCAUGGAAUAUGUUCAACAACAUCAUUAAACACACUAUCACGGACAUCGCACAUGCCGGACUGAGUGACCGUACGGUCCCUAACCCCCCCAAAGCAAGACCGGAUGGAGUCUUUCUGGACUGUGGAGACCUUGAAAUAUUUCUAUUUGAUUUUCUCGGAGCCCGAUGUUGUAAGUUUAGAUGA